AUGGCAUAAAUAUCGACGUUCGAAGAUCGACCAGGAUAGUGACCGUUAAUCGGCUGUGACGGCAGUCGAGUAUCAAUGCACAGCGCUUCCCUCUACCGUUCUGCACCGAUGCGUUCUCCGGUGCUGAAGGCUCUUUCCCAGGUCUUGCAUGCUUCGCCAAAAUAUAGCUCAACAUUUCUUUGUGGUGCACAAAACUACGGCCAGAUUGUGACUGAAUCGAAGGGUCGACAGCUAUGCGCGAGGAGAUUCGUUUGCCGGGCUCGCGCUGUCGGUGCUGGAGAGAACAGCCACGGCCGGUCUGACCUUGAGAUUCACGAUCCUUCGUUUGAAUCUCGACUCGAAACUCAGGACCCGCCGGGUCCGACGGGCCCGAGUCUGGUAACAGAGCCACCAUUGGCCAGCGGUAUUCUGAUCACAAAUGGCUCCGUCACAGGAGAUUCGUUAGCUCGUACUGAGAUGAGCUUUGAGUCGAGUCAAACCUGGCCAGCUAGCAGCACGAAAGUUAAGAAGCCGCAGCAGGCGAAGAAAGUCAAGCCGCCAUUGGUGCGCGACGAUGAGCCGAUUGACGUGCUGUAUGAAGACGAUUGGCUGCUGGUGGUCAAUAAGCCGGCGGGAGUGAAGCACCAGCCGCUGCACCGAUUCGUUGGGGGAGCACUGAUUAACCGAGUGGCGCACUACCUGCAAGCUGACCCCUUCACAGUGCACCGCCUCGACAUGUUCACCAGCGGAGUCAUCUGCUUUGCCAAGUCCCGCUCCGUCUCCCAGACUCUCCAUCAGGCCUUUCGCACCAAGGACCAGAUCAGCAAGCAGUAUCUGGUGCUCGUGGUGGGACUCCCCCCAUCUGACUCUUUCUCCAUCGAUGCUCCCAUCGCGCGAGACCCGGAUCACGACUUCGCCCGAAUGGUUGUGACCCACGGGCAUGGCGAGGGGAGUGGGGAGGGAAUGGGAGAGGAGCAAGGAGAGAGAGUCGAUGCUCCCGCUGUACGAGACCCCAAUCACGGCGUUACACGCAUGCAUGUGACCGAGGGGCAUGGAACGGGGAGGGGAGAGAGGAUGGGAGAGGAGCAGGGAGAGAGAGCCGAUGCUCCCGUUGCACGAAUGGUUGCGACCGAGGAGCAAGGCGAGGGGAGGGGAGAGAGGAUGGGAGAGGAGCAAGGAGAAACAAGAGGAGAGGGAAUGGGGGAGGGGGGGAGAGAUGGAAGGGGAGAGGGAGUGGAAGAGGGGGGAACAAAAGGAAGGGGAGAGGGGGGUGCAGAUGGAAGGGGUGAGCGAGUGGACGAGGAAGGGGCGGAUGGAGCGGGCGAGAUUGGGAGCCAGAAGAAGAAGAGCAAGACACAGGCUGCAAGGACAGAGUUUCGAGUGCUGGCAAGAAGUGAAGGCUCCGGGAUAUCCCUGUUACAAGCCGUUCCAAUAACAGGCAGAACGCACCAGAUAAGAGUGCAUCUGCAGCAUGCCAAGCUGCCUGUUCUGGCCGACCACAUCUAUGGCGCCCUGCCCCUUGUAUGGGGCGAGCACUGCAGGGAGCACUAUAGCCAACAACAUGAGGAGUGUUCUAGGCCACCUGAGGGACACUACAGUCUCAGAGAGGAGCAGUAUAGCGAGGAUGGAGCGCGAGGGAGCCAGCAUGGUUACUUGAAAGGAAGUGAUAGUGAAUGGGAUGUGGGAAAGGUUUUGGAGACCUAUGCGGUGUGGAGGGUUGGUUUGGGUUGGUCGGGGGAGAUUGAGAUGGUUGGAGUGUUACACAGGCAGGCAUUACAUGCCCACACAUUAUCUUUUGAACAUCCUGUUACAGGGUUAUCUGUUACGUUUAGGGCCCCAUUACCUGAUGAUUUUGUUGCAGCCAUGGAUUUGUGUGGACUACAGUGGAGUGACGAGCCAUAGAUAGGUUCUUAUCCUGCCAGGAAAUUGCGGCUUCUGUUCGUGUGAUGUCAUACUCCAACAUCCUUCGAACACCUCUUCUCAUCUCAUCACGAAGCAACUUCUAUUUUAGUAAUGCCACAUUUUU